UCCGCAGUCUCAAAAUAUGUAUAAAUACAAAGGAUGAUCCUAUGUUUUUAUUCUUCCCUUCUUCCUAAAAUUUACAAACUCUCAGCUUCUUUAUCUUCCUUUUUCAACUUUUUUAUGGGCAUGAGUGAAACCAUGCCAAACCCUACCAACUGGGCACAAUUCUACCAACACAACCUCUCCGGCGGCCAACCUCAAAGAUAUCCGUCAACCACCGUAUUCUCCGACGGCCGAGUGUCUGAUGCUACGGUGGUCACCACCACUGCCACUUCCAUAGUCAGUAGUAGUACUACUCACCACAACCAUGGCCCAGCCGAUGGCCGUGUUUCCAAGCCUAUACGACGUCGUUCACGAGCUUCUCGACGAACACCAACCACCGUUUUGAACACAGACACCACCAAUUUCCGAGCCAUGGUUCAACAGUUCACUGGUGGCUCAAUUACUGCACCAUUUGCGUCAACACAGGGAACCUACUUAGGUUUCGGCUCUAGCUCCUCCAAUAAUAUUGUGAACCCUACUACUGCUGCUAAUUCUGGAGCUUAUAAUAUACAGUUUCAGCAGCCACUGCAACAAAAUCAAGUACCCUAUAUGUUCAGCUCAUUGGGCCGCACCAGCAAUUUAACAAGACCUAACGUGGAUGGUAAUAGGAUUUCUACGUUGGUUUCUCCUAGUGAGAGUGGAUCUUCUCCUUCUAAUGAGAAUAAGUCUGAAAAUAACUUUAUGUUCUGAUCAAUCUGAUUUCACACAGUUUUUUUUAUUUUUCGCGUCAGAGGUUUUCGUUUUUCAAGUUUCAACUUUGGCGGCUUGGAGCGACCUAAAGUAUUUGCCAUGGUUGGAGCCGUAGAAUCAUAUACUGCUUAUAUUUCACUCCUUGGGUACGAUCCUUCUUGUUUCAACUUCGGCGGCUCCACUCAUGAUUUUAUGCGACUUUAAUUUGUGAUUUCCGUCACUUUCUUGCUUUGAUAACAGAAGCUGUAACUUCUAAGUUCUGAUAUUUUUCAUAAAAGUGAUGAAUAACACUGGCCUGUACAUAACUCCCACUCGGAAGAAGAUCCUUUUUUGUUUUUUACAUAUAUAGGAGUACUUGUAUUUUGUUUA